UCCCAUUAAACAGUAGUAACGUUUACUUGCCAGAUUGCAAUGAAUAAUUUCGGAACAAUUCAUUUGCAAUUUAACAGUUGUCAAUUAGUGUAAUUUCAUUAAAUAUCAGUUUUAUUAAACAUGUUUUAUUCAACAUCAAACAUUACUAAAAUUUUCUUGUGGAAACUUGAAGCCUAUGAUAUCAUCUGUUCAUUACAACUUUACAAUUUAUAUUUUGGUAAAUAUAUUUUAUUUGUGAAUCUAACUUGGAUUAUUUAAUAUCUUUAUUGUAUACAAAUCAAUAAAUUGUAUUACUUUUAUGUGUGUGUGUCUAUCAAUGGUGAUAAUAUUGACUGAUCUGCUGUUAACUUGAACCAAUCUGAUAAUCAUCAGAACCUGCCUUCACCAGUAUUCAUUGUGUUACUGUAUCCAUAUUUAAUCAUCGUAUUUUUGAAUCUUCUCUUGACUUUGUUAAUCACUGCUAAUGAAUUGUUAAUCUUUACAAUUGUCUUUUGUUUAAAAUUGAUAACAUAACUGAAGCACUCUCAGAUCAUAGUUAAACCUCAUCGAUGUUUACUAAUCAUCAGUUUAUAUUUAUCGUCUGCCACCAAUAAUCAAGUUAAACACUGCCAGUUGUUAGCCAAUUUUAAUGAACAACCAUUUCUUCAUUGACAGUAAAAGAUAAGCUUUAAUGUCAAAUAUUGAUACAUUUUGUGGCUAAUUGUGGUCCACUCAAACAGAGCUACUUUCAGUAUUACAACUUCGUUAUUAAAGUAAUUCUGUGAUAACCCAAUAACAACGGGAAAAUGAGUAAAUUAACACUGAAAUUUGUCAUCUUUUUCCUGGUUGCUCUGGUUUUACCCAACAAAAGUCAACAGCAAGAUGUCGAGUUUAAUUUAUCCCUUUACAAGAUUGGCCUCAUGACUGAUAGUCUAGACUAUCCUAGCGAUGAAUUUCAAAUUUGGACUCCUUCAUCACCACCUGAAACUCAGUUAAUUUUGACAUCUUUAUCAUCUUCACAAUCUUCCUCAUCACUGCCAGUCAAGGAUAUUAUGAGCGAUAAUGUUCGUAAUAAAGGCGGCUUUUUGAUUCACAUUUUCAUCUUAAUUUACACUUCAUUAUCACUGGCAUUGUUAUGUGAUUCUUAUUUUGUUCCUGCUCUUCAAGUCAUCAGUAAAGGAUUGAAGAUUCCCGAUGACGUUUCUGGAGCUACUUUAAUGGCAAUGGGUACUUCAGCGCCCGAAUUGUUUACAUCUUUGAUUGCGCUUUUUCAAGGAGAGAGUGACAUUGGUACAGGUACCAUUUUGGGAAGUGCAAUAUUUAACCUUGUUGGUGUUCCGGCUGUUUGUGGUAUAUCUAUUUAUAUUUGGGGUAAUAAGCCAUCCAAAGUGUCACCAUUUCCCGUCGUUCGAGAUUCAGUAUUUUACGCUGUAACCGUAUUGGCACUUUAUCUGACACUUAAGGACAAUAUAAUUGAUUUGCCUGAAUCAAGUGUAUUGAUACUCCUCUAUGGAAUCUAUAUAUUCAUUAUGUACAUAAAUUCACGAAUUUCCGAUUUCAUAUCCAGUCUUGUACCAGACUUAUCCCUGGCUUCAUCGCCAUCAUCAUCAUCAUUGAUUAACGAGGAGAAAGGUCUUGUUGAUAAAAAUGUUCAAGUUGAAAACAUUUUAAAUGUUGGCGGUAAAAUUAACCUAUCAGCUGAGUAUCUGCCAAAUAACUCAUAUGGGUCAAUCAGUGAAGCUGGAACUGAUGAAGAUGUCGACUGGAUCAUUGAGAUACCAUUUUUGAAGUAUUUCCUGGCUCCUAUCAAUUUUGUUUUUUCAAUCACAAUUCCUAAUCACAAUAGAUGGACAACUCUAUCCUUUAUCAUUUCAUCAGUUUACAUUGGAUUGUUAACUUAUGUCGCUGUCUGGGCCGUUAAUUUAUUAGGAUUCACUUUGGGUAUUCCAGAUGCAAUUGCUGGUGUAACAAUCAUGGCUGCAGCCUCAUCAGUCCCUGAACUGGUAUCAAACGUUAUUAUAAUCAAGAAAACAGGUAAAGCAAACACUGCUCUAUCCAAUGCAAUUGGAUCUAAUGUGUUUGAUAUCUUAAUUUGUCUUGGAGUUCCUUGGUUCAUUAGGAUUGUAAUCAAUUAUUUUCAAAAUAUUCAUCCAACAUCUAUUCAUCUUCAAAGUAAAGCAUUACCAAUAACAACACUAUCAAUUUUAACUGCAAUUUUGGCUCUUCUGGUUAUCUUGAGGAUAAGUAGAUGGAGAUUAGGUUUAAGUGUUGGAUUAAUGUCAACCAUGGUUUACAUCAUAUUAACUGUUCUCAGCUGUUCACUUGGAGUAUCGAUGUAAUAAUCAGCUAAAUUAAUAACCUUAUUUAAGAAAAGGUUGAAUAAUCAAUCUCUGUUUUACCUUAAAGUGAUCAAUCUUUUCCUGACUAAUGUAAAAACUUGAAUCAAAUCAAUUUUGAAAAUCUAAUUAUUUUUAAUCAAUAAAAUGUAAACCAUUGCGCACAAA